UUGAAAAUGUUGAUUAAAAAAAUUUACAAUAGAAACGGUUUUGUCAUUGUAUUUUUGUAGGCUUAUUAUAUUUUUACAUUUUCAUUCUGGUACUUUAUUUCUGUUUGAAGUUAACUUGGGAAAAAUCUAUGUGACAGCGGACAUGUUGAUUAGUCGAGUUUUGGAGGACGGAGGGGCGGGCGAGGGUUGUAAAAUUUAUGAGGAAGUGGAUACCAUGCAUGAGUAUCAGACAGCGAGUGAACUGUUCGACAUCAUGGCAAGGAAUCAAACGUUUGAUUCUAAUGAGAAUGAAGCUCUUACUACGAGCGAAUUGAUUAUUUUAUACGAAAACAUUGAUAUAGGAACGAAACUUAUAAACACUGCAAAUGAUUUAAAACGUCCGAAUCGUCACGUAGAGACUAUUGUUCACAAUGAAGACCCUGACUCGGAUGGUUCGGAUCUCAAUGAAAUGUGCAGCAAGGAAGACUUUAAUGAUGUAUUUCUAAUUAAUAAAGAGAGAUUAGACUUAUUAAAUAGUACACCGUCUUUACAGAACACUCUGUGUCAAAAAAUAGGGGAUUUACAAAUGCAAUCGUCUGAUUUAAAUACUGAAUACGAUAGACACUUUCUAUUUAAGGACCCUUAUGUAAAAGAACAACUCAAAAGCUUAAAUGUGAUACCCAAUUUGAAAGAAAUUGACGAUACAGUAUUCCCAGGGUCAUUAUUGAACUAUAUUUGUUGCAAACGCUUAGAGGAUGAUUAUAAUUUUUACAUGGAUAACAUUAUACGAUAUGUAAAGCAUACUAUAGAUCAUUUGAAAAGAAUUAGCAACGGCGAUUAUCUUACGGAGAAAGUAAAACGGAAAUGGAGAGAAGUCGAAAGAAAUGAUGCAGACAGUCAUGAAAAUAAUAAAAAAGUUCUAGCCACAUCGACGAGUAUACCUCUUCAUGUCGAACGGAAAAUUACUGGGUCUAAGUCCACUUGGGAUGAAAUAGUCCAUUCUGAAAUCGACGUUAGAUCAUUGUCCAAAAUAUUAGAGAAAAAGAUUGUAGUGGAAAUUCCAAAAAUUAUACGUGGAGCGUUCACUUUAUUUAGUGAAUGUCGUGCCGAUAAUUUGAUAAUUAGUUGUAAGCAAGAAAAGAAAAGCGACGUGCCCAAAAAUCAAGAAGGAUCACGAAUUGAUGUGCUUUUGCAACUGAAGCGAUCAGAUUCUGGGCACGUUAUAAGCAACAUUAAUUCUAUUAUGAUUUUGCAGGCAGCGUCUGCACCUGUGCCUGUAUUGCAAAACGAACCUGCAUCACUAGAAGCAUUAGUAAUACUAAACCCAAAAGAUCAUGUGGAAACUAAAGAGAAUGCCAAAAAUUGUAAGGAUAAACUAAAAAUUAUUGAAUUAAACGAAGAUGUGGAAAAAAGCACUUUUGUAGAAAAUCUUGUCAAUAAUCAAGAAAAUAUAAAUUGUGAUUCAAGUGAGGAUACUAAUCGAUAUACUAUUAGUGAGAACGAUUACAGUACAUCUUCAAAAAUUGGUAGUAACCGGGAAUCUAGCGAGUCUAGUAUAGCUCUGAGAGAAAUAUUGGAUAAAAAAGCACCUAAUUCAUGUAUGCAUGACAUAACUCCUGAUGAACUACAUCUUACAAUGCAAAAACUCAGUAUACAAUCUUCUUUGCCCGAGGAAAUCGGAGAAGACAUACAAAAUCCAUUAAAUAAGAAAAAAUCACCCACAAGAGUCAGAAUAAAAUCUCCAUAUGAAAACCAGUUAUACAUAAUAGAAGAGAAAAAAAGAAAGAGACUUCUGGAAAUAAGAGAGAGACGCGAAAGAAAGAAAAUGGCGCUCAGUGAAAACUGUAAGAUCACUAAACACAAGUACGGCAAAGGACCUAUAAUGCCCCAACCAUCGAAUUCUGUCACUAAGUUAUCUAUAACGAAUAAAUCAUUUUAUAAUUCUAUUUAUGGAGAAACCAUACACUUAGAUAAUAAAGUCAAGUUAGAAGCUCGUAGAGGAAAGAAGAAGCCUAUAUUUCAUCUGGAGGAAUCCGAAUCAGAAACUGAGACUACAAUUAUAACGCCGGAUGAAAAUAGUAAAAAGUAUGUUAAUAGAAGUUACUUAGAUGAUAAAAUGACGGAAAUGACGUAUAUGCAGAUGAAACGGCAUGACGGAGUGAAAGAAAUAUCUUCGACUUCUACAUCUGCUGUAUCCAAUGAUUUUGUUAAUAAUCUGUCUAUACUUUCGCAAUUAAUCGUACCAUCAGCUUCUGAUUUUAAUAACGAAGAAAAACCAGCCGAACAGUGUAAUGAGUACAAACCAGAUAGAAUAAACAGUCGUCAUAGCGUCAAUAUUAAAGAGGAUUCUAAAAUACAUUCAACUUCCUUGCAAAGUAACGUAAGUAUGGUCCCUGUAAAUACAUCCAAAGAUAAUGAAUAUGAAAAUAAAAAUGAUUGCAAAAGAGUAAACACGUCUGUAGAAUGCAGAAAAAGUAUUAUAAAAUUAUAUGAUCUUAUGAACAACCUUCGAAAAUUAGAAACAGUUGGAAAAAGUACAACUAUUAGUAAUUCGCCUGUUGAAGAAGAAAAAAAUAAUAUUGUAACACAAGGUAGCUCUAUUUUUCAAGGUAGUGAUAGUGGUACAAGUGUUAAGCAUCGUUUGACAUCAUCUAAUGCAAGUUAUUUUAGUUUUGACAAAAUUAACAAUCCAAACGGUACCUUCACGAAGCACUCAAUUAAUAAAAAGACUGGCGUCCCACCAUCCGUGGUCCCUAAAGUGAUAAUUAGUACAAAAUCUCAAACUAUCAAAUUUGAAAGCAAUAAGAAGGAUAAGAAACGAAUUUCUGUCAGUUAUUCUAAUGUUGCUCCUGAAAAUCCUUUGAAAGCGAUAUCGCAACUUCUUCAUGAAUUUGACAGCAUUCAAAAGACGAAACAGAAAGUACCUGAGCCAAAACAGACUAAAAAAUCAGAUCCUGCUUCUGCUGAUCUUCAAUUUGUUUCCCGUCAAAGUUGUUUUAAAAAAUGUUCACAAGUGGACCACCAUUUAAGAGAUGAACAAGUUGGUAAAAAUGUAUCUUUUAUAGCACCUAGAGAUAAAAGACCUAUUGCACCAGUAGAUCUUCUAAAAAUACCACAUCAACAAGUAACAAUUCAUGAGAAUAAUAUUGAAAAAUUGAGUAAAAAAAGAAUCUCUGAUAUAAUUGACGAAGCGAAGGAAGCACGAGGUGAGGCAGUGCGCGGGCCUUCUAAAUUAACUGCUAGAUUAAAUACAUUGGCGCAACCAAAAAGAUCUUAUGUGCAAGCGCACAGUAAAGAAUACUCAAUCAAAUAUGGGAGGACUGUAAUGGCUAACAGAUUACAAAGAUUAGCAACGAUUCCUGUACCACCUUCUGUCGAUAAAACAGUUGGGUUCGCUACUUUAAAAAACAAACAAAAGCGAUCAACGCAUGUUGGAGGAUUAUCUACUUCCAUGAAAAUAUUGUCACCAUCAAUGCAGCCUUUAGAAAAAACAGCAAGACUUCGACACUCAUUCAGCAUUAAUCCCCAAAGAAAAAUUUUACAGCCACAGGUGGGCACGUUUCACAAAACAAGCCACGCUGCCGACUUACCCGAAGCACAAAAACAUAAGAAGAUGAUUGUCGAACCCCAUGUGAAAAAUCAUUACGGUCGUGUGUUAUCCACGGUAGCGGCGAACGAAUUGCACAUGGCAAGCAAGUCACGGCCUCCGGACGUUCCAAAUGACAUUGAUCUAGCAUCUGUUACAUCCUCUCUAAUUGCUGAAGAAUCAGUAGCACUUGGAAGUAAACCGCAUAACAUAGUCAUCCAUACUAUGAUAAACUCAAGCGCUCCGAGUACUCUUUCUGUAAACCACGAAAUAACUUCAGACACUGAUGAAAUAAUUGAUGCUUAUUCUAAAGAAGAGCCAAGGUCUUUAGAUUCGGAUUAUCGUGUCGAUAUUUUCAAAGACACUGAUGUCCUAACAACGGUUAAAAACGAUGUAAAUGGUAAAGGAGAUAAAUCCAUUUCUAAUAUAAACAAAUACGAAGCAGAAAAUGAUAUGAAAUACGAUAUUCAACCAUUCAAUUCUUAUACGGAAUUGCAACAAUUAGAAAAUGCAUUACAUCGUCAACUUUCAGUUGGCACAUUUAAUAAACGACUGAGAAUUAAAAAUUUGACGUUAACACCUAAACAGUCUAUGCGUCAAGUAAUAGUUUUGCAGUCAGGUGACGCAAGUUCAUUAGUAGUGAAGACUUCAUUAUUACAAAACAUACAGAAAACUAAUUCAUAUACAAAUAAUAUAUCAGCAUUGAAACAUUUAUCUAUGUUAACGACAUCUCAAUUAGACUGGAACUACGGCAAUAGACCAAUACAAAUGGCAACUGUUGGCUACGCAUUUCCUGCUUACCAAUCAAUACAAUGUAGUUCAACUGCUCUUAGUAAAUCUUUAAGUAAUAUUAACAAGAAUGUAAUAAGCUAUUGCAAUGCCAAAUCAAACAAAACUAUUUUUUCUUCUAAAGGACAAGAAACAAAACAAAAUUUAGAAAAAUGUGUGCAAGCACAGGCUAAUGAAUUUCCAUUCUUGACCGUACCAGAUACUGAGAUAUUCUUACCGACAUCCAGAGAAAAAACAAGUGAUAAUACGUUACUGAAUUCUAAAACUGAUAAACUUAUGAAGAUUGAAGAAGAAAAUAAUGAAUUGAUAAAUAGAUCAAACGAGUAUAAUAAGACAAAUGAUGUUAUUAUUGAAAAAACAGAUAGUAUUGACUAUACUACUUCACUAGAUAUGCUAGUGGGCCUGUUGAAUGAAAUACAAAAGAUAACAUGUCAGACUCAGAUAGAUGCAAAAGAUGAUGUACAAUCUAAAGAACUUGGAACUAUUCUUAAUAAUGCUGCAGUUUUAGAAGACGCAAUGAAUGAACAACCUAAUGAUUUGAUUUCUGUUGCUUCUAUAAACAAGCAAAAACAAAUAGAAUUGAGCCCAAGUAUUUAUUCUUACAAUUUGCCUAAUAAUAAUGAACAAGAAACACGCAAUAAUUUAUACGACACCAAAUUGCCUAAGAGCGUUCAAAGUGAUUAUAUGCCUGAGUAUGCUGAUAAAGAAGUAAACGUCGAGGUAACAGAAAAGCAAUUUGUGAAUACCUUUACUGACGUGCCCUCUAGUCUUUUUCCUAUUGCUGUAAACCAUAGUACCAACGUCACUAAUUCACUUAUGGGUAUCCUAAGCAAACCAUCAACUCACUCAAUGUUCUCUAUUAAAGACUAUCACGUUAUAUACUCUAAUGAUUCUUCUUCUAACUGUCAAAAGAAAAUCAUAGAAUUGUCAAGUGUUGUGGAUAGCAACGAUUGCAUAGUUCAAUAUCAAAAUAUUGAGGAAGUUUCUGAUAAAGAUAAAUUACCUAAUUCAACAAUUAAAAUGACAAGGGAAACGAACCUAAUUAAUUCUAUCCAAAAAACAUUGGCAUACUCUAUUACAAGCUCCAAGUUCGAUCCUCUGAUAAAAAUUAAACGAGAUAUUUUAGUUGCUCUGUACUCUAUGUUGGUACUAACUGUUUUUGCAGCGUUAUCUUUUCCUGAAAUUCUGUAUCAUACUUGAUCUCAAAUUAAGAUAGUCUCGUGAAAUUUAAGUGUUUGCUGCUUAUAUUUUGGUAUAUUUAUUUAAAAUACAUGU